AUAUCCCGCCACCUCGAGUACGCACAGCAAAUACUUGCGCAGGCGCGUGUUUCUGAAACACGAGGUGUGGGUUGUUCUACGCCUUGCAUUGGUAGGUGACAUCGAAUCCCUUGACUGACGAUGAUGUUUUGGCACCCAGAUGUAGCCACUGCUUGGAUGGCGGCGGCGUGGCUAAACUCUAAGAUAGACGCAAGUACAAUGUCGAUACUUAGAUGCCUGAAUGUGUACAGUGUCAAAAUGACAUGCCUAUUUAUUCCCUGGGAGUUUUGCGCUCGGAUGCUUCAAUCCUUGGAGUGGUUCGCCACAGCAAGACUUGCCACUCGUAUUUUCUCCUCAUCUAAUGGUAUAAGUGUAGGGCUGUGGAACAGCCUCCCACGACUGCAGUUCCCCUCCAUAACAAGUCCGUUAGCAUCUUGGGGAUGCCCAUUCGCUCAUUGGAACGCGUGGCCGGACAUCCAGGAUCCUCCAAAGCCCGUGGGCACCGUCCUUCCCCCCAUAACUCCUUCACUUGGAGACGCCUGGGCCAUCCCACCACACCGUCGACCCUCGAUCAAUCCAAGCGCCCAAACGUAGGGACUCACCAACAACUCAACACGAGCCUAGCAACACCCCCCCUCGUCGCGGGGCCGCUGGAUGCCACUUCGGAUAAUGAUAUAUAUUCCAAACAGGCCGAAGUUAGCAGCGUCGAUCUCCUGUGCCUGGCGCCCGCCGAUGUGAAUAUUUCUCCUGGCACUGACGCCUCCACCACCGAGCGAGCGUAUGCAUGUUCGCCAACAGAACCGUCAUCCCCCUCGUUCAAAUUUGGUCCUCCGGGAAGCACCUACUUACCGCUCGUGGUGGAAGGCACUGUCUUUGAUUUGUGCUACCCGCCUGGUCGAUCCACAGAAGAUCACCGGAAGCUCUUCGAUGAUAUUCUUAGGGAAGAGGAAGCGCUCGAGAUGUGGCACGAUCAAGCUCUCGAAGUUUCCUCAUCAGGCCGACCGGCCACGACGACGUCUGAUUCGUUCCGUUUGGGUUCGCGCUGGUCGCACCUCACGGAACUCGAGUACUCGUCCAACACUUCCCACCUCAUCGACGACGACAUUCCACUAAGGGCGCUCAUCGCUCCAAAUUGUUCACAUUCACCAAGUUUUUCUGCGCUCGAAUCACUGGACGAUGGAUCCUCUUACUUUUCAUAUCUUGCAUCUCCGAUAUUCGAUACCCAAACAUGUGCUGCCUACCACUCGCCACGUGUCAUGGAGGGUGAAACGGGGGUCGACAUUCUGCAACCGCGUAUUGCCGUUGAAGAUCCACGGGUCCGAGCGGUGAAGCAGCAAAGGAGGAAAGGAAUGAUAUUUCACAAUGGGUUUGAGGGAGUAAAAGGAUCCAAUCGUCAUUCUGUUCCAAGUGAACAUUGGGACGUUUUGCGCUCUCCGUUUGGCGUGUCUGGGAACCAAUCGCAUAGUAGAGAACGUGCCAGCAGAGUGGGAGAGAGGUUCAGUAAAUUGCGCAAGUGGUCGAGCGUCGAGUUCUCGCGGCAAGAUAUUAGGUACAUGCAGGAGCGGCAGAGGUCGUACAGCAAGGUAGACGGUCAUGCACGUAAACGCUUCCCCGGGUGGAAAAGACUGCUCUUGUUUUGGAGGCGAGAUUAGCUAGUCUGCUUGAACUCAUUGUUCCUUUGUUUCACUUCACAACGCCAAGAUUCAUUCCAUUUCUAACAGAGAUCUUUAUAAAAACGUG